AUUGACACCUCUUCCACUCAGCCGUGGCACUUAGCAGGCAGACCACCACCGUCUACAUCCCGCGUGUCUCAAGACAAGAAAGCACAACAAAUCCCCUUCUGAUGCCUUGUUGUUGAAUUCCAGCGUGUCAUUUAUCGUGGGGUCAGAGGUCUUUUACGGACAGGAAUCGACAGUUGGGGUUAUAGGAUGAAGUACUGUUCGCACGACGACAAAUGAGUCAUCCUUAGCUUCCAUAAAGAACGAGAGAAAACGAAAGUGCUGAUAAAGAGAGAGGGAUAAAAAGAGUCGAGAGCUAAGACCUUCAGAAUGGGAGAAGGACCAGGAUCUGGUUCGCAAGGGCUCUCCGUGCCCUCCCCGCUGCCACAGCCUCCUGCAUCUCCCAUGACGAUGCAGAGGAUCGAAGACGACCUAGAGGAUCUCGAACUGGACGAGGUAGAACAAAUCCUAACCACAGAGGAGAAGCGGUUCCUCUUGUACGUGGAACGAGGAGACGUGGCUUCCGUCAGACACAUUCUGAAGAAGGCCAAGAAGGAGAACAAGAAGAAGCCCGGCAGCUUCAACUUGAACUGCAUGGAUCCUCUGGGACGCUCGGGCGUCAUCGUGGCUGUGGAGAACGAGAACUUGGACAUGAUCCUGCUGCUCCUGGAGGAAGGUGUUCUGGCGGAGGACGCGCUGUUCUACGCCAUCGCUGAGGAGUACGUGGAGGGCGUCGAGGCCCUGCUGACGCAUGAGGAGAAGAUCCAUGUCUCCGGGGAACUCUAUUCCUGGCAAAAGAAAGAGAGCGAGAAAGCUAACUUCACCGGAGACAUUACGCCCCUGAUCUUAGCGGCUCACAAGAACAAUUACGAAAUCAUCAAGCUGCUCUUGGACCGAGGCGCGACCCUCCCGAUGCCCCACGACGUCCGCUGCGCCUGUGACGAGUGCAUCAUCUCCAGUGCUGAGGACUCACUCAGACACUCCCUGGCUCGCAUCAACGCCUACCGCGCCUUAGCCUCGCCGUCUCUCAUCUGUCUCUCCAGCAAAGACCCUCUUAUGACAGCCUUUUCCCUUUCUGAUGAUUUGGAGAAACUUGCUACACUGGAGUACGAGUUCCAGGAAGAAUACUCGGCUCUGAGGACACAAGUUUUAGAGUUCGCAAUGAGGCUAGUAGACGAGACUAGAAGUUCGGACGAACUGGAAAUCGUACUAAACUAUGACCCGGAAGGAGAACCAUACAAAAAGGGGCAGUUCAUGCACUUGAAUCGCCUCAAAGAUGCUGUCGACAACAACCAGAAGCAGGUGGGUAGACGGGGACUCUGCUGUUCGAUCAGACUCACGGCUCUGUUCCUGACGACGCGCGCGGUCUGGGCGGGACAGAACCCCUACUUCCCGAGGGAGAUGUGGCCGCCUUUCGACCCCAUGUUGGUUUCGGAAGCCAUGUUUUGUGCUGGGAAUAUUCUUAGCUUCCUGAAGUUGGUGCACAUCUUUAGCGUGAACCCACACAUGGGCCCUCUGCAAAUCGCUCUCGGCAGAAUGGUGGUUGACAUCAUCAAGUUCUUCUUUAUCUACACACUUGUACUCUUUGCAUUCGGAUGUGGCUUGAACAAUCUUCUUUGGUAUUACGCCGACAUAGAUAAGAGCAAAUGUUAUUCAUUGCCUAAUGGAUUACCCAAUCCUACCCAAGCGCGUUCAUGCGAAAUCUGGCGAAGGUUUUCUAACCUCUUCGAGACUUCACAGUCGCUUUUCUGGGCUUCCUUCGGACUGGUUGACUUGGUUAACUUCGAACUGACUGGAAUUAAAUCCUUCACGCGGUUCUGGAGUAUGCUCAUGUACGGCUCCUACAACGUCAUCAAUGUCAUCGUUUUGCUGAACCUCCUCAUCGCAAUGAUGUCCAACUCUUACACAUUCAUUGUGGCAAAGUGUGACGUGGAGUGGAAAUUCGCUCGCUCGAAGUUUUGGAUGAGUUACUUUGAGGAGUCCCAGGAGCUGCCUUCGCCCUUCAACCUGCUCCCGAAGCUGUCCGCUCUGUGCGAAUUCGGGAAGCCCAGCUACAGGGCGUCCUUCAAAAAGCGCCAGGACCAGAUGCGGGACGACCAGUAUGAGACGGUGAUGAAGAACCUCGUUAGACGCUACGUCACGGCCGAACAACGUAACACGGACGAGGAGCUCAUAACCGAGGACGACGUCAAUGAAGUAAAGCAGGACAUCAACUCCUUUAAGUACGAGCUCCUGAACAUCCUCCGAAUCAAUGGCAUGAUGACUGGCAAUGCACAUCACAGGGAGGACACGGCUGUGGGCAAAAAGCAGCAAGCCCGAGAGCGACGACUCAUGAAAGGUUUUAACAUCGGCCUGGUGGAGGGUCUCGAACAGAGCAUGCACUUCGGGAACAAAAAGAGCAAGAAUCCCCUGCUUAACAUCGUGUUGAAGAAGGCGAAUAAAUCGGAUAAUAAGGACUGGAACACAAUGAUGCAAGAGAGCAUGAAGAAGCGCGACCCCAUCGGUUCCAGCAGAACCAGUCUCCAGCGACAGAGUCUCAGGAACAAGAAGCGCUGCAACGUGGCCUGGAGUAAGGUCAAGUUCUACCAAAAACGAGGCGUUUUCCUCGGAGGACAAAUUGACCCCAGAAUGCUGAGAGAGAUCAAGAACAGGGGCCAGGUGGCCCCCUUACAGAGUCGUUCUCUGGGAUGGCGAACCCUUCAGCAACUGCACGACCGCGGGGAAAUUACACAGGAAAAUUUAGACAGGUGUGUAAGAAACACACCAAGUCCUGGAAGCACUGCAGCACCUACUCCAAUGCCUCCCACAUCACCGACGCCUCCUCUGCCUAGAGUCGGGGUAUACACGCAGUCAUCGCCCUGUGCCACAGCCGAAGACCUCAUAUCCACAGUCAAAGGCGACGCUGUAACGCUGCACCCGACUCCUUCGCCUAAGCCGUCGCCGAAGCCGUCGCCGAAGCCGUCGCCGAAGCCGUCAAAUGGAGCCUCGAAGCCAUUUGGAACGGGCAAGGGAUGGAUUUGAAUUGGAAGCAGGAUUCGAUCGAAGAAACUGACUUGUUUAGGAAAUGAUACUUUCUUCUAUAAACGUGUAGGGAAAAUAUCGUUGAUAUUCAGGGCUUUAUCCUUGCUUCACAUUCCUCACAGAAAACUGACAUGUUAACGAAUAACGAAUACGCAAGUCUUACUAUGCAAGUAAAGCCACUUACAAGUACAAGAAGACAUGUACAAACACCAUCCUGUACAUAUGCAGAAUAAGAGACGUCUCGGAGUGGGAUCUGUAUAUGUUAAAUUAUCAAAUGAAGGCGAUAGCUCUGCUUGAAGCAGAGAACCGCUAGAUUUAUUUGUUAUUUUUCUAUUUUUUUUAUUUUUUUUUUACAUUUUUAAGUUGUUCCACCUAAUUACCAUUACGUGGUAUGAUGAAACUUAUCAUGUUUCUCAUACACGUGAAACUAACAGUAAGACUUCAGAUAUAUAUUCCCCAAUAUCGCUGUCAUUCUUUAGGUUGAACGCCACAGUGCACAAUCUGGUUGCCAGUCACGCUCGUCUUGUAUAUAUUACUCAUACUCGCCUACCACAUGCUACGUAUCUCAGCUGAAUACAUUAUCACUUAAUUUGUCACUUCUUUGAAGACUGAUAUUCUUCAUAAAUAAAGUGAACACUGAAA